CAAAAUGCCCGCUUUCAUCCGCGGGGGUCGGUGCCGGUAGCUUUGCGAGCGCGCGCGGAGCGGGAGCCCCUCCUGCACGUAGGGCGCGAGCGCGGAGCCAGCCGCCCCGCUCCUGCUCUAUGGGAAGUUUUGGGGGGGCUGCACGGGAGCAGCAGCCGCAGCAGGUAUUAGUACAAGGAGAACUGAAGUAAUGAGAAGUCAUCAUGGAAGCCCAGUCCCAUAGCUCUACCACUACUGAGAAGAAGAAAGUUGAGAAUUCCAUAGUGAAAUGCUCUACUCGAACAGAUGUCAGUGAGAAAGCUGUUGCCUCCAGCACAACUUCUAAUGAGGAUGAAAGUCCUGGACAGACCUAUCACAGAGAGAGAAGAAACGCAAUCACAAUGCAGCCACAAGGUGGGCAAGGUCUCAGUAAAAUCAGUGAAGAGCCUUCAACAUCUAGCGAGGAAAGGGCCUCAUUAAUAAAGAAGGAGAUCCAUGGAUCUAUAUCGCACCUUUCUGAACCUUCUGUACCUUAUCGUGGGACAGUUUUUGCUAUGGAUCCCAGGAAUGGUUACAUGGAUCCUCAUUAUCAUCCGCCUCACCUUUUCCCAGCAUUCCACCCUCCUGUGCCAAUUGAUGCAAGACAUCAUGAGGGACGUUACCAUUAUGAACCAUCUCCCAUUCCUCCUCUGCAUGUGCCUUCUGCAUUAUCUAAUAGCCCAACGUAUUCAGAUCUUCCAUUCAUUAGAAUUUCUCCACACAGAAAUCCGGCUGCCACCUCAGAAUCCCCCUUCAGCCCUCCUCACCCUUACAUUAACCCAUACAUGGACUACAUUCGAUCCCUGCACAGCAGCCCUUCUCUGUCCAUGAUCUCAGCAGCCCGAGGACUCAGCCCAACAGACGCUCCCCAUGCUGGAGUCAGUCCAGCUGAAUAUUACCAUCAGAUGGCUUUGUUGGCAGGUCAGCGCAGCCCGUAUGCUGACAUCAUUCCUUCUGCUGCCACUGCAGGAGCUGGUGCCCUUCACAUGGAGUAUCUUCACGCCAUGGAUAGCGCCAGGUUUCCAAGUCCAAGGCUGUCAGCUAGACCAAGCCGAAAGCGUACACUGUCCAUAUCGCCCUUGUCUGAUCAUAGUUUUGACCUUCAGACCAUGAUACGAACAUCUCCAAACUCCUUGGUCACAAUUCUCAAUAAUUCUCGUAGCAGUUCUUCAGCUAGUGGUUCCUAUGGCCACUUAUCUGCGAGUGCAAUAAGUCCUGCUUUGAGUUUCACAUACCCUCCCACACCGGUUUCCCUUCAGCAAAUGCAUCAGCAAAUUAUAAGUCGCCAGCAAAGCUUAGGUUCAGCCUUUGGACACAGCCCUCCUCUCAUCCAUCCUGCUCCAACUUUUCCUACCCAGAGGCCUAUCCCAGGCAUUCCCAGUGUCCUGAACCCUGUCCAGGUCAGCUCUGGCCCUUCUGAAUCCACACAGUUUGAUUUUGUCUUUGGGGGGAUGAAAUGCCUACAGCAGAAUAAACCCACAAGUGAGUCAGCAGUGAGCAGCACUGGGGAUCCAAUGCACAACAAGCGUUCGAAGAUAAAACCAGAUGAAGAGCUCCCCAGUCCAGGUGCAGGAAGCAUGCAGGAACAGCCAGAAGGAAUGACCUUAGUAAAGGAGGAAGGGGACAAGGAUGAAAGCAAGCAGGAGCCCGAAGUGGUCUACGAGACAAACUGCCAUUGGGAAGGUUGUUCACAAGAGUUUGACACACAGGAACAGCUAGUGCAUCAUAUAAACAAUGACCACAUCCACGGUGAGAAGAAGGAGUUUGUGUGCCGAUGGCUGGAUUGUUCCCGGGAGCAGAAACCCUUCAAAGCCCAAUAUAUGCUGGUGGUACACAUGAGGAGACACACCGGGGAAAAGCCUCAUAAAUGCACUUUUGAAGGUUGUACAAAGGCUUACUCCAGAUUAGAAAACUUGAAAACCCACUUGAGAUCUCACACUGGAGAGAAACCAUAUGUUUGUGAGCACGAGGGCUGCAACAAAGCUUUCUCUAAUGCAUCCGAUCGGGCCAAACACCAAAACAGAACUCACUCCAAUGAGAAACCAUAUGUUUGCAAGAUACCAGGCUGCACAAAACGCUAUACAGACCCCAGUUCUCUCCGGAAACAUGUGAAGACUGUGCAUGGCCCUGAGGCUCAUGUCACCAAGAAGCAGCGUGGAGAUAUCCAUCCAAGGCCUCCACCGCCCAGAGACCCAGGCAGCCAUUCACAGUCCAGAUCACCAGGCCAGCAGACUCAGGGUGCAAUUGGUGAGCAAAAGGACCUCAGCAACACUACCUCAAAGCGUGAAGAAUGCCUCCAAGUGAAAGCUGUCAAGUCAGAGAAACCAAUGGCAUCUCAGCCAAGCCCUGGUGGUCAGUCUACAUGCAGCAGCGAACAGUCCCCCAUCAGCAACUAUUCCAACAAUGGGAUCGAGCUUAAUUUGACAAGUGGAGGUAGUGUAGGAGACCUCAGUGUCAUUGAUGAAACCCCAAUCAUGGACUCUACCAUUUCCACAGCAACCACAGCACUUGGCUUACAGGCCAGAAGGAAUAUGACAGGGACCAAAUGGAUGGAGCAAGUCAAAUUAGAAAGGUUGAAACAAGUUAACGGAAUGCUUCCACGACUGAACCCCAUUCCACCUUCCAAAGCCCCAACCUUGCCACCUCUCAUAGGAAAUGGUACCCAGUCAAACAGCAGCUGCAGUGUAGGAGGAUCCAUGACUAUUCUACCCAACAGAAAUGAACUUUCAAAUACGGACAUCACAGUGUUAAAUAUGUUGAACAGGAGGGACAGCAACACUAGCACAAUCAGUUCGGCCUACUUGAGCAGCCGUAGGUCCUCUGGUAUUUCACCUUGCUUUUCCAGUCGCAGAUCCAGCGAUGCUUCCCAAGCUGAGGGAAGGCCUCAGAACAUGAGCGUUGCUGAUUCCUAUGACCCCAUUUCAACUGAUGCCUCCAGGCGCUCCAGCGAAGCAAGUCAGUGUGAUGACCUUCCAAGUCUUCUCAGCCUCACACCAGCCCAGCAAUACAGGCUGAAAGCUAAAUAUGCAGCAGCUACUGGUGGACCCCCACCAACCCCACUACCUAACAUGGAGAGGAUGAGCCUCAAAACAAGGAUGGCACUGUUGGGUGACUGCAGGGAGUCUGGAGUAUCUCCUCUGCCUCCAGUAAAUGUUCCUCGAAGAUGUAGUGAUGGCGGGGCAAACAGUUAUAGCAGGAGGCAUUUUCUGUCUCAUGAUGUACUAGGAAAUGGGACAAGGAGAGCCAGUGAUCCUGUUAGAAUGGUCUCUGACAACCUAUCUCUUCCUAGAGUCCAGCGUUUCAACAGUCUAAAUAGCUUUAAUUCUCCUGCGUUGCCUCCAUCCAUGGAAAAGCGCAACUUUAUUCUUCAGAACUAUACCCGCUCUGAUGGUGGCCUGUUCCGUAACUUCAACUCCCCUUGUCCUCCAAGUAUCAGUGAGAACAUUGCCCUGGAGGCUGCUACCAUGGAAGCAGACGGUAGUCUAAAUGAUGAGGAUCUUCUGCCAGAUGAUGUGGUUCAGUAUUUGAAUUCCCAGAACCAGGGCAUAUAUGAUCACUUGUCAAACAGUGCCCUGGAUAGCAACAAAGUGCAUCACAACUCAAUGAUCGGGAGCAACAAUUUUGAGCAGGCCCCUCCACCAAACAGUCAACAGACCAGCUCCGAAGCAAACAAAAGUGACCUGCCAAUUCAGUGGAAUGAAGUAAGCUCAGGAAGUUCUGACUUGUCUCCUUCAAAACUAAAGUGUGGUCAGCGUUCUGCAGUCCAGCAAACUCGAGCCUUUGGACUAUAUAAUAAUAUGAUGGUCCAGCAGCAGAAUCUGGAGAGAAAUGGAAUGGCCCAACAAAAUGGUUAUCAGAGUGCUACAGAAAGCAACAGCCUAUACAGUUUACAGCAGAAUAUGAUGAUUAGUAACAACAAUGGUAGUUUUUUCAACAUGCAGUCCAAUAGGCUGUAUGGUGAAAGCAUCAACAGGCAAUCAGUAAUUUCUGGGACAAUGGACAAUUCUUGCAGCAUGGUGGCUCAAGGGCAGAAGUUGAGGAACAAUAAUUUGGCAGUGAAUGGAAGCCAGCAAAAUUUUGGUCACCCUCUGGUGACAGGCGAGCAAUCCAUGAGCAUGGCUAAUGGGAUGCAGAGCAAGAAUAUGAUAGAACAGGAAUACUUGCAAAAUCAACCAGGAGGAGAAGGCCUUCAUUACCAGGGAGUCAGUCAGUCCAGUCAAAUGAUAUUAGGUCAGGUUAGUCCUACCUCACAAAUCAGCCUAUAUCAAGGGCCACAGAAUUGUCCUCCAAUGUCUCACAACAUUGGUAACCAGCAGUCGGGUUUGUUGGUGACAAAGGGUUGUCAGCCAUGUGCCAGCUAUGGUGGCACCAGACGACAAAACAUGUUGAGAAACACCCUGCCACAACAGCAAGGACAUAUAAGUGAUGCAAACCAGAUAUACAGGGUAAAUGGCAUUAAGAUGGAGAUGCAAGGUCAAUCACAACAGUUCUGCUCUAACAUGCAGAAUUACUCUGGUCAGUUAUAUGACCAAACCAUGGGCUUUAGUCAGCAAGAUAUGAAAACAGGUUCUUUCUCCAUUUUGGAAGCUAACUGCCUGCUGCAGGGGACUGGUACUGCAAACUCAUCUGAGCUUCUUUCCCCAGGGGCUAACCAAGUGACAAGCACUGUUGACAGCAUUGACGGCAACAGCCUAGAAGGGGUGCAGAUUGAUUUUGAUGCUAUCAUAGAUGAUGGGGACCAUGCCAGCUUAAUUUCAGGAGCCCUGAGUCCGAGUAUCAUUCAGAAUCUCUCACGCAAUUCCUCCCGCCUCACCACUCCCAGAGCGUCUCUUACAUUCCCAGCUAUGCCCAUAAGCACAACCAACAUGGCUAUUGGGGACAUGAGUUCUUUAUUGACCUCACUUGCAGAAGAAAGCAAGUUUCUUGCUGUUAUGCAAUAGACAUGGGAAAAAAAACACUUAGGAGAUAACAGAUUAAAAAAAGUGACUCAUAUUUUUUAGUUGUGUAUGUAUUUUAGCAAUCUCAUCUCACCUAAAUGGGAUGUGUUUCAAGUAUAUUCCUUUUAUGGAAUAAGGACUUUGAAAACCCUAAAGUGUUCUAGGGAGAAACUGUCUUCCAUUUCAGUUUUCAAUCAGUAUUGUUACAUCCACUCCUCUUUGUCUUUCUCUCUCUCUCUGUCUUUCUCUCUCUCUUUUGAAUGUCUGUAUGCUUCUUUUCUUUUUUUCUUUUUUUCUUUUUUUUUUGGCUUUUUUUAUCGUAAAACAAUGUAAAUGUGACGUGCAUGGGGUUUUUUGGUUUGGUUUGGUUUGGCUUUUUUAAAAGGAAAGUCUAAUUAAAUGAUUUUGCAAUGUUCUGUUACAAAGAAGAAACACAGUCUCUUACAAUUGCUGCCAAUGUUUUUAUUUCUUUUUUUAAAACAUGGAGGCACAAAAUAACCAGGCACAAUAUAAAGAAGAUAAUAAGUGAGUAAAGAAAUCAGCUGUGAAUUCCUGACAAAUAGACAACAGGUUUACAAACAGAUCUGCUUGUGAUACUCCCAGUCUCUGUUUUCAUAGCAGUUGACAAUAGAAGUCUGAUGCCCAUGCAAAUAAGAACUGAAGGACUUCACAUAUUUUUGUCCUGAACAAGUGUAUGAGGGGUUGGUUUUUUUUAAUGUUUGUGCAUAUUUAUGCAUGCACCUGUAGGGUACAUCUGUAUCUCUUCUCUGGCACUCUCGGGGAUAUUGGUGACGAACACUCCCCACUUGCUUGACCUGCACCUGGAAAUGAGUGAGUGAAGCCUUUGUCAAGCACUCUGUUUCCAGUGUGCUUCACAGAGGUGACAGGGCUGCUUCAUUGCCUCAUUUCUGGGGUUGGCCAGUGUGGAGUGGGAGCAGAUAAGCUGGAUGUGCUUGACACCAGGGAGGACUGGGGAAACAAGAGAGUCAUACCCAGGGAGUCCCUCACGGGCAGACCAUGCACUGCCAACUAUAGUACAAGAACUACUAUGUCUCUUAAAAACUACUUUUGGGGGGCUAAAAACUCCUUUUGUGACCACAGCUCACUUGUUUGCAUCAUUUGAUAUUUUUUUGAGGGAGGUGCAUUUUAAAAUGACAAGAAAGCAAAAGUAAAUGUCUAUUUGCAUAUUUUUAACCCAUCAAUCAAAUACCGCAUUGAUUUUCAUAAUUAAAUAACCUAUGAAAUCAGAUUUACCAGUGAUUUAAUGAGAGAGUGAUCAGACUGUUAGUUCAUUUGGCCUAAAAAUCCACUCUAGACUAUGCUGUCCAUUUGGCUAGUGUAGCCCAAGAAACAUUAAUGUCUGGCCAUAGUACACAAGGAAGUGGUGCCCAUAGCAUCAUGUUCAGCCACGUUGAAAUCUCCUGCCCAAAUGAUAAGGUUACCCAGUUACAGAUGGCUUAACUGCAGCCACGUUUUGUUAUGAGUCUGGAGUGAGAACUGAACCUACACCUCUAGAUCUAUGGCAGAACAUCUUAACAGCUCCACCAUGUCCCCUUGGAACAAAAAAAGUGGACUGAGUUUUCUUUAAUCGAGUUCAAGCAGUUCUUACCUAGAGGUUUUACAAAGUAACUAAUCCCCAAGCACAAAACAAUUGCUUUUUCCUAAUUAUUUCUAAUUUCUGUGGACUAACAUACACAUGGCCUGGCUACGUUGGUACAGCAUAUUUCAGGAAAUAUACUGCCAUUGAUGGUUACAUCUUCAAAAAAAUUAACUCUACUGUCAUGUUGAUCCAUGAAGAAAAGAUCCCUGCACUCACAAUGAACUAAUAUGCUAUGGCUGCAGGAACUGUACUGAUCACAAGAGUCUCUCAGCCAUUUCUAAUUAACUGUGGUUUUUAUCAUUAAAAGCGGGGAGGAAAUAAAGAAAAAUCUGUUCCAGUGAAAGGGUUUAUUUAUAGCUAGAAAAGCAAGAGGAGUUAUCACCCACUCACCUUUCAAGUCCAUUCGUUGAGCCAGAUUCUGCUGUCAGUUAUACCAGCACAAAUCUGGACAGACUCCAUAAAGUUAAUUGGAGUUGGUCCAAAUUUAGAGGUGUAAAUGAGUGCAGAAUUCUCAUAAGUGAAUGAGUGUCUAGUUCUCAUAAGAACAUGUUGUAAUGGGAUCUCUUUUUGCUCCCACUAUCAGAACUCCAGUGGGUACAGAUUUAAGCCCUGAACUCUUGGAAUGAGGGGAUAAUUUCACCCCUAGUCAGCAAAUCCACGUAUCUUAUGUCCCACAUAUGUGUGAUGCAGUCCAUGUUUUGACUGUGUACGUAGAACUUAAAUGCUGCAUAUGGCUGUGCAUAAGUAAACUUCAUUUAUAAGAAACAGACAUUUACCCAGACUUCAGAAUGCAAUUACACUUGAAAUUGUAGCACAGACUGAGAAUUGCAAUAUGAUUUCUAUGGACAAAUAUAUAUAUUUAUAUAUAUAUAAUGUUACUUAACUGUAAACAGAGUACAAUCAAAACCCAGUUGCUUUGGAGCCUAGUAGCUUAGGAGGAUGUGGGAACAGAAGCUCAUCCAGUCCCGUGUAGUGAGGUUGCUCCCCAAAUCAUUGGGCAACAUAACAAGGGCUGGAACAGUGUAGGCUCGUUACAGCACCUGGCUGCUGUAUUCUACUAAAUUUGCAUUCUUAAGAUCAGUUUUUGACUUGGUGAUCCCCCAAAACAAGAAAUUAUAAUACUCCAGGAGGAACCAGACCUUUCAUCAAUAGCCUACAUUCUUCAUGGUCCAGAUCCCACCUUCCUUGGCUUUCUUCACCUCUGUAAUAAGCACUCAGUGGUUUGAUUCUUUGAUUUAUUCCCUGUCUCCUGCCUCCUCCCUGCCCUGCUUUACUGUGUAAUCCACAUUGCAUCACCUGCAAUCCCAGUGCGAGCCAUCUCCAUGCUUCCUAGCCUUCACUGGGAAUCAGUGUCAGGGGGAGCAGGCUGCACAAGGUGCCCAAAGGUUAAAAGCAAUAGUUUUUCUUUCCUGCAGCGGAGGCACAGUGUGACUCUCGACUUGCUGCUUCUACUUUCUGCUGCCAGAAAAUACCCUUCGUUCUCAGACUAGUAUCCUGGAUAGCCCUUAGAUAGUAGAUACCACCCAGUGUGAUCAAGCUCAGCGUGGCCAGUUCUUUUAGGGCUAUUUUCUCUGUAACAGCAAAGUUGCAUCUCCAGAUGCCAUCUUAUGUAUUGGCUCAGGAGUUAUAGUUCCAUAAUUUGAGCCUGCCAGUGCCUUUGGUGAUCCCACAGCAGGUGUGACACAGUGACAGAAUAGUUCUUUGGAAAGGGGACAUUGACAGCAAAGCAUUUUUGGUGUGUUGGGGAGGAGGGCUACAGUCUAGAUCAUACUGCCCUCCUCAUUCCCAUGAGUGACCUACAGGGUACAGUGAGAGGCCUUUUUACUUCCCUUGAGAGGUGAUGGGGGGGGCGCAGUUUAAUGCAAUGGGUGACCUGCAUUAAAGGUCAAUACAUGAUACUGGCUAUAAGCCUGUGAAAGGCAUAGGGUUAUGUGUUAUGGAUGGCUAUGCACUCAUCAUCAGCUGAUAUUACCGAUGACUUUAAGAAACCUGUUUGACUAAAUACAAACAGUUGACUGUUUAUUAAAACAUCUACUAAUGAUUUCUAAGCUAUUUAUAUGUUGACCUUUAUUAAACAGUUUGACUAGAUAUGGGGGUAGAUUUUCAGGGAGUGUAUCACCAGAAAGCCAAUCUAUAAAAACUCUUGUUUAAUUUUUCUUUGAAUGUUAAGCUAUGAGCUAGGAAGUUACUAAUUAGGUCAUGUUAUAAAUCAAAUUGGAAAAGGAGUUCAGAGCUUCAUACAGUUUAAGGUGGGGGGAAGGGACUGUUAGAUCAUUUAGUCUGACCCCGUCUUUUACGUGAUAUUACAUUUCAUCCAGUUAGUCCUGUACCAAUAAAUUGUAUUUAACUAAUGUGUCUCUUCCAGAAAAGCAUUUUCUCCCCAUUGUUCGAAGACAUCAUAUUCCUUGUUUGAAGACAUCUAAUAACUAAUCACCCCCACUGCUAAGAAGGUGUAUCUAAUUUCUAAUUUGACGCAGUCUAGUUUCAGCUCCCAGCCACUGCUUCACGCUGUGUCUUUCUCGCUUGUUUAAAAUGUUCUUUCAUGCCCUGUAUUCUCACAAGUCAAAUUCACUCUUUUUUUUUGGUUGUGAUGAAAUAAACAUAUUAAGCUCUUCAACUCUCCUGCUGUAUGGCAUUUCCACUAGCCCUCUCAUAUUUAGUGGCUUGUUUCUGUGCUUUCUCCAGUUUUGCACCAUUUUUGAGAUGCAGACAUAAGAAGUGGCUGUAGAAUUCUCAUGCCAGUCUUAAAACUGUGCCAUAUCCAGAAGUUAAAAAAUAAAACAAAAAGAAAAAAAAACCCACUUCCACAGAAAUAAUUCAGUUGCUUAUACAUCAAGGAUUCUUUCAGUUUUUAUUGCCACACCACUCAGUAUUACUUGCUGUGGAGGCUAGUUGCUUGAGUCCCAAUACAGUUUUAAUGGCAACCGCUGACACUAAGACUUGCGCUGGAAUUCUAAACAUCCUUGCAUUCUUUAACAUAGUUUUUGUGGUUUCUUCAAAUCCCACCAUUUUUUUGUCCUUUGAAACAAAUCGUUCUCAUUGUUAGCAUCCAUGAGACCUGCGUGUUUCAAAAGUGUUUUUCUUUUCACAAAAUGGAAGUCCCACCCAUAUCUUCCUGUGUUUUUAAUUGUAUCCAUUAGGUACAGUCAGCUGUAUGAAAGAUACUUGUAUGGGUAGCUCAGUUGAAUUCCAGAAUAGGUUUGACGGUAAGCAUUGUGGACUAGCACGUUCCAGCGGCUUGCGAGGAUUUUUUCUCUCUCUUUAGGGAAGGUCCCAAAAUGGUACUUGCAUUACAUGAAGGCUUUCUUCUUUCUUUUUUGCUUUAUCCCUUUCUUUCAAUGAGAUGGACAGUUAGCUCACCCACAUGUGUUACAGUAUGGCUUGUCCUAUUAAACAACAGUGUUUUAUAUUCUUGCAAUGUAUGUGCCUUAUUUUGUGUUGAUCCUAUAAAAGAGAGGGACCAAGAAAUAUUGCCAAAUUUUAGCUAUAAGGCUGUGCUUACCAUUCAGCUGAUAGCACAUACCACUGUUAAUAUAGUUUGAAAUGUCUUGUAAACCUCUGGUAUUCAUGUGUUAUUGUCCUUGAAUUGAUAGAAUGUCCUUUAUUGAAAAGUUACUGGUGUCAACCCUGCAGAUGUGUAAGAUAAAAAAGUGUUCAUUUUUUUCACCUUUUUUUUUUAGAUUUUUAUAAAGCUUGUAAUCCUUUUUUUAAUGUGUAAAUACAUUUACGUACAGUAGGGAUAGUGUUCGGAUGUAAUAGGCCUUAGUGGUCAUCAUUUGAUAAACCUGCAGUUAUGAUCUGAUGUUUCCCAAGCCUUAGAUCGAUCUGAAGGGUCUGUAGCACUGUGUACAUACAAACUGUACUUCUGCUUUCAGAACCACUUAGCUCUUUUGUAACAAAGAAAAAAAAUGUUUCUUACAGUGUCAAUAAAAAAACAAAACCUUUGUACUUAGA